AUGCUGACAAAGUUCUACCAGCACAGUCUUGCCUUGGUGUUCGCCAUAAAUGAGAUCAAUUCCAAUGCCAAGAUCUUGCCCAAUGUCACCCUUGGAUUCCUCAUCUAUGACAGCUACUAUUAUGAGAAGAUGACCUAUCGCACCAUUCUGGACAUGCUCUUCAAAUCACGCAGAUUAGUUCCUAACUACAUAUGUUCCACCUCAAAAAACCCAGUUGCUGUGAUUGGAGGACUUGGCUGUGAUACCUCUAUCUUUCUUUCUGACAUCUUAAGUCUUUAUAAGAUUCCACAGUUCCCAUAUGGAUCCUUUGCUCCAAAAGAGAGGCAAGCAGUGCAGCUUCCCUUCUCUUACCAUGUGGCCACUAAAGAAACACAUCAGUACAUGGGGAUUAUCUGGUUACUCCAGCAUUUUGGAUGGACGUGGGUUGGACUAUUUGUGGUGGAUGAUGCCAACGGAGAACAUUUCAUAAACACUCUGAAACGGUUGUUUUCUCAGAAUGAAAUCUGCCCUGCCUUUAUACAACAAAUUCCACAAAAACAGCGCUUUAAUGAAGUGACAGAAAUAACCAACAUGUUCUCGAAAAUUUAUCAGUCUCUCCAGUUGAACAAAGCCAGUGUAUACGUUAUCUAUGGAGAUACUCGAUCCAUGACAUUAUUGAUGACCAUCAUAUGUCCAUUAAAUGAUGAAUAUAAGGAACUGGCAUCUAUUGGAAAAGUGUGGAUUACAACCAGCCAGAUUGAUUUUGCUGUAUCGAGACUUGAGAGACAUUUAGAUCUGUCUGUUUUUCAUGGCUCCAUUUCCUUGACAAUUCAUACACAGGAGCUUCUAGAGUUUGAGAAAUUUCUCCAUGUCAUAAAUCCUUACAGGACAGUUGAAAAUAAAUUUGUCAAAGCCUUCUGGAAAGAAGCAUUUAAUUGUGUGUUUCCAGGUUCUUCAGCUAGUAUUACUUGUACUGGAAAGGAGAGGCUAGAGAAUCUUCCUGAUCCUGUUUUUGACAUGCACAUGACUGGCUACAGCUACGGCAUCUACAAUGCAGUCUAUGCUGUUGCACAUGCCUUGUAUGACUUGCACUCAUCUCAAUACAAUUACCAAUCGGUUUCGAGAGGCAAAAGUCCUGAAUUCCAUGAUCCGCAGCCUUGGCAGGUACUACCUGUUUCUAGAUGUAGUGACUCCUGCCAACCUGGUUAUCAGAAAAGAAAGAAAGAAGGGGAGCAGUUUUGCUGCUAUGAAUGUGCUCCUUGCCCAGAAGGGAAGAUUUCAGUCCAAAAUGAUGUGAAUGACUGUUUUAAAUGUCCAGAAUAUCAGUAUCCAAGCCAGGAUCAAGAUCAAUGCAUUCCCAAAAUGAUCAACUUUCUCUCCUAUAAAGAACCAAUGGGGAUCUGUUUGACUUCUGUUGCUGUUUCUUUCUCUUUAAUUACAGUGCUGAUACUAACAACUUUUAUAAAGCACAAAGAUACUCCCAUUGUCAAAGCCAACAACCAGGAUGUCACCUAUGCUCUCCUUGUCUCUCUUCUUCUUUGCUUCCUCUGUUCUUUCCUUUUCCUUGGAAGACCAAACAAGUUGACAUGCUACCUCCGACAAUCUGCUUUUGGCAUCAUCUUCUCAGUGGCUGCUUCUUGUAUCUUGUCCAAAACCAUCACUGUGGUUUUAGCUUUCAUGGCCAUCAGACCGGGGUCCAGAAUGAAGAAGUGGGUGGGAAAAUCUCUUACCAGUUCUCUUGUACUUACCUGCUCCAUUAUCCAAAUGUGUAUUUGUGCAGUGUGGCUAGGAACCACUCCCCCGUUCCCAGAUUUGGACACAAAGUCAGUGACAGAAGAGAUAGUAGUAUUGUGCAACGAGGGGUCUGUGGUUAUGUUUUAUAUUGUUCUGGGCUAUAUGGGCCUUCUGUCCUUCAUAAGCUUCCUUGUAGCUUUCUUUGCCAGAAAGUUGCCUGACAGUUUUAAUGAAGCCAAGUUCAUCACCUUCAGCAUGCUGAUGUUUUGCAGUGUUUGGUUGUGUUUUGUUCCAGCAUACCUGAGCACCAAAGGGAAAUACAUGGUGGCGGUAGAGAUUUUCUCUAUCUUGGCCUCUGGUGCUGGGUUACUGUGUUGUAUCUUUUUCCCCAAAUGCUAUAUUAUAGUUCUAAGGCCUGAGAUGAACAAAAGACAACAAGUAAUACCAAGGAAUAAGUCUGAAUCAGUCAAACAAGAAACCUACUUUAUAACCAUCAUGCUUUCAUAA